GUGAGAAACACUCACUCUGUUUGAGUUACACUCAGGAGAAGUCUCACAACGCUUUCACAGGUUUCAUGGACACCAGAUUAGGCUUUAUGUAUCUGAACGUGUUCCAGUGAAGAGAUGAAGACGAGGCCAACAGGCGACACCAGCAAUGCAGACUGGAUGGGUUCCCUGUGUCCUUCACUCAGCGCCAUGCCGCUUAAAUACCUGGCCGUGCCUGGUUCUCACGACUCAUUUAGUUUCUGGGUGGAUGAGCAGGCCCCCGUCGGACCCGAUCAGAAGGCCUUCGUCAAAUACCUAGCGGCUGUAUUCCGCCUGCUGGCCAAAAAAGUUAUGAAGAAAUGGUCCAUGACUCAGAAUCUGACCUUCAGGGAGCAGCUGGAAGGUGGAAUCCGCUAUUUUGACCUCAGAGUCUCGUCCAAACCUGGAGAAACAGACCACGAGGUUUACUUCAUCCACGGUCUGUUCGGGCUCCGGGUGCGAGACGGACUCAACGACAUCAACGCCUUCCUGAACGUUCACCGCAAAGAAGUCAUCUUCCUGGACUUCAACCAUCAUUACGCCAUGGACAAAGAGCACCACCACCAUCUCAUUAACAUGCUGAAGGAGGUUUUUGGAUCGAAGCUGUGCAAGAUCAGUGUUGUGGAGGACAUCACGCUGGACUUCCUGUGGGAGAAGAAGCACCAGGUCCUGGUGUUUUAUCAUCACCCGUGUGCUGAAAACUGCCCUCUCAUGUGGCCUGGUAGUAAAAUCCCAGCGCCGUGGGCCAACACCACCGACACCACCAAACUCAUUCAGUUCCUGGAGACCACGCUGAGCGAGAGGGCCAAGUACGGAAGCUUCCACGUGUCGCAAGCCAUCCUUACUCCUCGCAUCAAGACCAUCAUCAGAGGCCUGGUCAAGGGGCUGCGCAGCUACCUCGUCGAGAAGAAUCUGCCGGUCAUCAUGGCAUGGGUGGAAGUCCAGAAACCAGGUGUGAACGGUGUAAACAUCAUCACCUCAGACUUUGUGGACCUGGUGGACUUCGCCAACACCGUCAUAAAACUCAAUGACCUCCUCCUGCUCCCACUGGACCGACAGUCCUGUGAUCACUCCAGCACCCCGAGGAAAUCACAAGCGAAGUCACGAGAGCAGCGUCGAGUCAAGAAUCAUCAGCAUUCAUGAAUUACUAUCAUCUUCAGAAUUAUUGGCACCCUUGUUUAAAACAAGUGAAUGUAAAUAAGAUUUAUAUUAAAUUCUUUUUAAGUGAAGAA